AUGAUUUCAGCCCAAUUGCGUAAUAAGGCAAAUGAGUUUUUAAACUCAAGAAAACAUGCCAAUAAUCUUGCCGAUAUCAUACAAAUGUUUGAGGCUGAAUCCGAUAGCUUUACACCAGUUUUGCUUGCGAUUGAAGUGAUAUUUACGGAGCUGCUAAAAAGAGGCGAUCUUGUUCAGGAAGUCGUACCACUAAAGCCAUCAGACCAACAGAGCCCUGAAGCAGAGUAUCGCAAGUGGUUAAAGGAAUGUUAUGAAGCUGCCCUAUCCCGUGCAUUGGAGUGUAUGAAACGUGGAAAGACUGUCUCUCGUCUCCAAGCCCUUGUGACAUUAUGUAAGCUGAUGCAGGCGGAAGGAAAAUAUCCACUUGAGAGCAUGAAUGGAUAUUACUUCCCUUCAGUUAGGUUGAAGAAUAUAUUCAACGUGUUGCUGGAUUCUGAAGUACCUAUGUCCGCACAAAUCAUGCGCUUCCAAGAGUUCACAGAAUAUAGGGAUUUGCAGCAAUUUGGACUGAAGGUGUUAACCACUAUUGCAUACAAAAAGUCACCGACUCAUGUCUACAUGCAGAACUAUUUAGAGCUCUUAGACAAGCUGCUUGCAUGUGAAAUUCCAACGGACAUUAAGAAUAAAAAUAAAAACCCUGACGAAGAAAAGGAGGAGAAAGUUUUAUGUGCCAGUGAAGAUAAACCACCAUUCCAAUUCAACCCGAUAUCGUGUCGACGCAACGCUAACCGCUGCUGGGGUUUCGCUUGCCAGUGGCCCUUGUGCGAAGAGUCGCGCACGCAUCGGCGAGCGCUGAUGCUGCUCGUGGAGAGGCUUAUGCCGCUCCUUAAUAAGCCGCACCUCGCUACUGAUAUGCUCUGCGAUAGUCUAGAUGUUGGUGGCCCCAUUAGUAUGCUGGGCUUGCAAGGUGUCCUGGAACUGGUGAGACACCACAACAUCUCGUAUCCGGAUAUUUACGACCGGCUCUACGCCAUGUUUGAACCGGAAAUGUUUGCCACGCGGUACAAGAAGCGACUUAUUCAUCUAGCAGACAUUUUUCUCAGUUCCACACAUCUGCCAGAGAGUCUAGUGGCAGCGUUUGCGAAGCGUAUCUCGCGACUGGCGCUAGUAGCUUCGCCGGAGGACGCUCGUGAGUGCCUACAACUAGUCGCCAACCUUUUACUGCGACACCCUGCCCUUAAGAGGAUGAUCUGCUCCGAAGACAGUCCAGCCAUCAUGUCGAACGACCCGUACGUAAUGGAAGAGACGAGCGCGGCUCGCUCUCGGGCGCUGGGAUCCUCGCUGUGGGAGGUUCGUGCGUUGUGCCGGCACUGGGCCGGUGGAGUCAGCGGCGCUGCUAACCGGUUGCUCGCUUUCGAUUCCAGAGACAAACCCGCCUCACUUGCGCCCCCGGAACACGUUGAGCAAUUUGACGCAGAAUUGAAGAAACAUUUCAAGACAAUAGAGAUCAAUUUCAUCAGACCAGACGGCAUGUGCCUGACCAAUGGAGAACGUCUCAUGAACUAUUGGGAGCUCACUGCUUAA